GUUAUUUGACUCGCCCUUCUUUCCGGUGUUCUUCUUUCCCAUCCAACUCACGCACCACACACACUCUCUCUUCUCUCAUCAGCAGACUCUCUUCUCUCUUCUCUCAUCAGCAGCUUUUGGAUCGCGUUCCUGUCUAUCAUGUGUAUUUCGCGGCGGAAGGAAGCUCUCUGAAAAGAACCGGUGAAGAUGCUUCCGUCGUACUCGGCUUUUGCUAACGUGCGCUUGUCGGUUCUGAGACCUCCUUAAAGCAGAGCAGAUCCAGUGGAUUUUGUUCCAUCACUUUGAGAACGCUCGUGGAAAAAACAUCCACCAAACAAAAAGAAUGGAGAGCUACAGGCCUUACUACGACCCCGAGAUCGAGUCGCUGAUCGAAAGGAUACAUCCACCGAGAGUUUGUAUCGACAACGACACGUGUGAAGACUGCACCCUGGUGAAGGUGGAUAGCGCUAACAAGCACGGGAUCCUGCUGGAAAUGGUCCAGGUCCUGACGGACCUCGACCUCGUUAUCUCCAAAUCCUACAUAUCUUCCGAUGGCGGAUGGUUCAUGGACGUGUUCCACGUGACGGAUCAGCUCGGGAACAAACUAUCUGACGAGAGCCUCAUCCAUUACAUUAAACAGGCUCUCUGCCCAGGAAGGAAGGGUGCAGGCAGUGAGUCGGUCCGGACCUGCCUUGGCAGGUUGGUGGGACCCAGAGACGUGGUGGUCGAGCAUACUGCCUUGGAGAUGACCGGGAGCGACCGCCCGGGCCUCCUGUCCGAUAUCUCGGCCGUGCUCGUGGAGCUCGGCUGCCAAGUGGUGGCUGCCGAGGCGUGGACACACAACGGGCGGGCCGCAUGCAUCAUCUACAUAACGGAUGCGGCCACGGGCGGGGCCAUCUCCGACGGGGCACGGCUGGCCCACGUGGAGGAGCAGCUGGAGAACGUGGUGGGGGCCCACCACCUUGUUGCCGGGAAUGCGGGGGGUGGCGGUGGCGCUGUGGAGAGGAGAGUGAGGGUGGCGGGGCCCACUGAGAGCCGGACGCACACGGAGCGGAGGCUGCAUCAGCUGAUGUUCACGGACAGGGAUUACGAAGAGGCGACGAAGGUGAGGAAGACGAAGACGGACGUCUCAAUAGAAAGUUGGAGGGAAAAAGGGUAUUCGGUGUUGAAUGUGAGGUGCAGGGACAGGCCCAAGCUGCUAUUUGACACUGUUUGCACGUUGACGGACAUGGAGUAUGUGGUCUUUCAUGCGGCCAUUAGCUCUCGCGGCUCCCUUGCUGUCCAGGAAUACUACAUCCGCCAUGUGGAUGGUUGCACUUUGGACACAGAGAGUGAAAGACGGAGAGUUACACAGUGCUUGAUCGCCGCCGUCGAGCGGAGAGUCUCCCAUGGGCUGAGGCUCGACGUGUGCACAAACAACAGGGUAGGCCUGCUCUCAGACAUCACAAGAGUCUUCCGUGAGAACGGGCUGUCAGUGUCAAGGGCUGAGAUCUCUACUCGUGGGGACACGGCAGUCGGCACGUUCUUUGUGACGGAUGCUUCGGGCAAUGAAGCGGACCACAAGACAGUGGAGUCGGUGAGCAAGGAGAUGGGUGGAACAGUCCUUGUGAUCAACAAUUCCCCUACUUGGGUUCCUACCAAGCCUAGGAGCAGUGCUGCAGCCAGCACCAGCACAGAGGACAGGCCAAGGUUCUCCUUGGGCAGCUUGCUAUGGUCUCAGCUUGAGCGACUGUCUAGCAACUUUGGCUCCAUAAGAUCUUGAAGAAGGAAGAAAAUGGAAAGAAAGAUUAGAAAAAAAAAACGUCUCAUGCUGUUCCGGUGUGUACAUUCUGCUAGUUUCUCUAUUCAUAGUUUUAUUGUCCAUUUGAGGUGCUGCUUUUGUAUGCUUUUGUGAAUGUGAUCAUGUACAUAUGCUUGCA